AUGAGCGGCUAUAGCCGGUUAGGGAUUGUGGGGAAGAUGGAGUAUUCAGCGUUGGGCACCGCGGAGGCCGCGGACAGCGGCGCGGCCCGGCCGUACAACAACUCGGAAGAGCGGGAGGGCCGGGAAUCCGACGGGCUGCGCUUCGACCGCGAGAGGGCGCGCCGCCUCUGGGAAGCAGUGUCCGGGGCCCAACCAGUGGGGAGGGAGGAAGUGGAACACAUGAUCCAGAAGAACCAGUGUCUCUUCACCAACACCCAGUGUAAGGUUUGCUGCGCCUUGCUAAUUUCUGAGUCCCAGAAGCUGGCACACUACCAGAGCAAAAAACAUGCCAACAAAGUGAAGAGAUACCUAGCAAUCCAUGGAAUGGAGACAUUAAAGGGGGACACGAAGAAGCUAGACUCAGAUCAGAAGAGCAGCAGAAGCAAAGACAAGAACCAGUGCUGCCCCAGCUGUAACAUGACCUUUUCCUCCCCUGUCGUGGCCCAGUCGCACUACCUGGGGAAGACCCACGCAAAGAACUUAAAGCUGAAGCAGCAAUCCACUAAGGUGGAAGCUCUGUCGAAACGCCUUACAAACCCUUUCCUUGUGGCCUCCACCUUAGCCUUGCACCAGAAUAGAGAGAUGAUAGACCCAGACAAGUUCUGCAGCCUCUGCCACGCGACUUUCAAUGACCCUGUCAUGGCUCAGCAACAUUAUAUGGGCAAGAAACACAGGAAACAGGAGACCAAGCUCAAACUUAUGGCACACUACGGGCGGCUGGCCGACCCCGCUGUCACUGACUCAUCAGCCGGGAAGGGCUACGCCUGCAAGACUUGUAAGAUAGUGCUGAACUCCAUAGAACAGUACCAAGCUCAUGUCAGCGGCUUCAAACACAAGAACCAGUCACCAAAAACAAUGGCAUCACCUCUGGGCCAGAUUCCCAUGCAAAGGCAACCCAUUCAUAAAGACUCAACCACCUUGGAAAACUAGAGGUGUUUCUGUCCAGCACCCCAGGUUGAACCAGCCACGAGCCAACUUUCUGUGACUAUGGUCAGCCCUUGGCUCCUUCUUCCUCCUUUCUUACACCUGGAGAAUACACAGGCCUGAGGCAGGAGUGGACCACAGAGAGCGUCUGAUUGGUCCAGGCGAAUCCACCCUUGCUCCACCCCUUUGGAAUGGGCCCUGUAAGUCAGGAUGAGGGAAGCAGAGAUCUUGACAGGACUUGGGGUCUCCCAGAGUGGUAGUUUGGAGGAUGACCUUUCCCCUUCCCCAGCUCCUCUGGGCUAUAUAUCAUGAGGCCCCAGGCCUGUCUUUCCUUUACAGGUCAGUUUUGGACCAGUCUCUGCAGCUGAAGAACUGAGCUCUCCCUGGGCUCUAGGUAUCUCCAGUGAAACCUGGAGCUUUCACGCCAGACCUUGGCCUAGGCAGGAAAGGGCAGAUGGAAGUGGCUGCCGCAUGGAAACUUGGAGUUAAUAUGACACUCCCUCUCCCCAAAAAGAGUGCAAGCUUUCCUGACCCUGGGAUCAGAUGCUGGCCAGUUGUACAGAUUUCUGCCGACUGUGAAGUCUCCUCCUAGAGCAGUGACACAGUCCUGGCAGAGCAUUGCUAUUCCUCUUACACCCCAUUCUCCACAGUUCCUGAAUGGUGCUAAGAAUCUGCAGCAAGUGGGGACAAGCUAGAGCCGAAGGAGGCCUCAGUACCCAGUGGGAUCAUGGAAACCUCCAACAGAGGCCUUUCCCCUCCUCCAAAAGAGGUGCUCUGACACAGGGUCAUGUGGGAAGGUCCCCACAUGCAAAUUUCCUUGAUGGUUCUGUACCCUUAAAAGGAAACUGCCUUGUGCCAGCCAGCUCACAGGUUAAUUGCUGCCCUUCAGCCCUGCUAGCCCUCUCCUUCCCCUUGUGCAGCAGACCAUCUGCCCAGGUUGCUGUGGUGCUAGUCCUCCCCCAUCAUCCACCAGGAGAUUCUGGGGACCAAGGAGCAGGAUGGGCCCCUAAGGGAAGAAGAGAGCUGGUGUAAGUUUCUGCAGUGAGGAAACAGACGUUUCCCUGACCCCACACCUAGAUUUCUCUAACACUGCUGUGUUUUAUGGCCUGGGACUUCACUGGGAGUGGACUUUACCUUGUAGCUUUCAAACAGGAAUUCCAGGGAGAGUUACCAUCUGAGAUCCCUCUUCACUGGGUCAAAGAAGCCUGCAUCUGCUCUCGUGAUCUCCUCCCCACACUUCCUGUCCCUUCGCCUGUAAAUGCCUUUAUGUAUCGUGUGGGGGGGGCGGUGUAUGUGUGCUUAUGCUCUGUCUCUUGGUCACUGAUGCAUCUAAAUAAACAACGUCUCCAAUGAGCCAGACUGCAACUUAA